AUUGGUAUUUGCGAUAAGGUGCUAUUCACAAAGUGCGCUAUUCGUAACAACGUGUUGUUGUUGACAAAAUGGCAGAAAAAGACAGCGAGAAGCAGUUUAAAUUACGGUGUUAUGCCCAUUCAUCUGAUUCCAAUGAAGCUAUAAAACCUAUUACUGAAACAACGUGGACAAAAUUCACACAAUGUGUUCAGACUUGGCAGAAGCUUGACGGGAAAUUCGGUGAAAUAGCGAGGUGUUUCUUGCAAAAUCAUGGCGGCGAUGAUGAUACAGAUUGCGCUGCAUUACCGAUACCUAACGAUGGUGGUUUUCAUCGGAAGUGCUACCAAUUAUUCACUGAUAUUUCAAAGUUACAACGGGCUGUACGGACCAAGGAGAACCGAGAUAAGGAGCCAGCCAAGCUUGAGGCUAAAGAUCUCAUGAAAUCAUCUUGCAUCGUAAAGAAGGACUCAGAACCUCCCAGAAAGAAAGUUCGAAUGAUCCAUCACUCCAGCUCUACUUUGAACAUGUUGAUAGAGGAAACAUUAUCAUCUACUCAUACUUUACCGAGAAUUUGCAUCCUUUGCCAUGGAAAUCAGUACCGCAGAGGUUGCGAUGGCAUAAACAAGCAACAACCACUUAGUCAAUGUACAUCUACUGAUGGCGGGAAACUCUUGAAAGCUGCUCAACUGAAGAAAGAUGAGAAUCUGCUCCUUCACAUUGAAAAUAAAGACUGUGUUGCCAUGCAGGUUAGGUACCAUUCAGUGUGUUAUGGAAACUAUACAAAAUGCGUGACUAAACAAGUUUCAAAACCACCACGGGAUCCUCUCUACUUUCAAUCUUUCAAGGUCUUCUGCGAGAAGUACAUAGUUUCCCAAAUCAUCAAUGACAAACAAGUGUUAAGAAUGUCAAAACUCAAGAGAGAGUUUGAUAAAGUUGUACGUGAAGUUGACGAUGAUGAUUCAUCAACGUAUAGAGCGUCGAGCUUAAAGAAUCGCUUGAAGAAAACAUUCCCAGAACUAUGUUUCAUGAAGCCUAAAGGGGUAUAUACAAGUGAGUUCGUGUAUGUUCUACCAAAAGGAUUGGAGAUUCUACCAUGCACUGAAGGAGGAUGGAAAAUUAACAUGCGCUAAAGGACAUGGAUUCAAAAGCGGGCGCUUUAUUAAGAAAUUUUUACACGAUUUGCCAUAUGGGGGAUAGAAUCUCUGGAGGAACAGAAUCUCCUGCCACACUGGUACCUAAACAAAAACAGUUAUUUACAAAAAGUAGCACUGUUGUAGUGAUCACACCCAAUCUUUGUGGUCCAAACUCACAAAUACGUAUGCUGAACUCUCACAUACACAGCACGAGCAUGCAAUAAUAAGUGUGACAGCUUAUGAGUCAACUCGGUCCCAAGUCAACUCGGUCCCAAGUCAACUCGGUCCCAAGUCAACUCGGUCCGUGUGGUUGACGGGAAGUAGUUGUAUGUUUUCUUUGAAAUAACUAAUGUCCUUGGACUUUGUACAUAAAAUGGGACAAGUGUGCACCGAUGUUCGGGGUAUAAUAUUCAAUGCCUUCAAUAGCGACCCAUUUGUUUCUGUAUUCAACAUUCACUUUUGAAAAUCUUACCGAUCGUGUUGGCAAAUAAAUUUCUAAUAAAAAAAGUCUCUUUGCUUCCAACCAGAGUAUUGUUUUCUGUAUGGCUCUUAACAAUUCAUUAAUUGACAAACAUUAAUAAUUUAAUCCUCUUUGAUUUCUUUUCAAGUAACUUGCAUUUAAAAUUAAAUAGUGUAAAAACAGUUGACUUGGGACCGAGUCGACUUGGGACCGAGUCGACUCUGGACCGAGUCGACUUGGGACCGAGUUGACUUGGGACCGAGUUGACUUGGGCCCGAGUUGACUUGGGACCGAGUUG